AUGUUCUUGGCCCUUGUCUCUCAUGUGGGACGCGCUUGCAGCUUCACUUUGGUCGCACGCGCUGCUGCACUGCAACGUGAUAACAACGCAGCCGAAUUGCAACAUGGUCUCGAUGACUAUGGCCACAAGCACGAUGACUGCAAGCACAAGGACUACGGCUAUGACGAUUGUGACUACAAGGGCUAUGGCGGUGGAUACACUUACGGCUUUAAGAGCUAUGGCGGAGAUCACGAUGGCUACAGCGAUUACUAUGGUCUCGGCAACGACUACUAUCCUGACUACUAUUCGCCGUACGGCAAGGGCAAUGGCUAUGGUGGCGACUAUAACUACGGAUACUACCCGGACUACUACUCGUCCUUUGGCUAUCCGAGCUACAGCUAUAGUUACGGCAACGGCUAUGGCUAUCCUAACUAUGGUUACCCUAGCUACUUCGACUACGAGUCUGCCGCAUCGGCUGGUGGUUCUGGUGGAGGCAAGAAGGACUCUGAAAAGGAUACCAACCGUACAUCAGAGAAAAAGGAAGACAAGGUAAAUGCUGAGAAGAAAUCGAAAGAAGAUAAGUCGGACGAUGCGGACAAGGCCAAGGGAAAAUGAGGAAGUUCAGAACAAUUUGUUAGCAGUAAAAGAGUGUAGCUCGCUCAUGUUACUUAAAUCGUCGAGUAGGGUAGGUAACAGGUAAUACUGGAG